AAAAUAGUUUGAAACAACUGGCUUCCUUCAAUGGUACAAGACGCUAGCUGUAUUUAAAAAUAUAAUGGCAGAGUCUCUCAUAACAAUGCAAGAAAUUAAUCACAGGUCAGAAAGCAUUGGAAAAACGCCAGAGACUGAUUGGGAUAGUCAGCGUGAUGUAAAAGUUAAGAAAAAGUCAAAUUUUGUAAAAGAUUACUUAAUUGAUUAUACAUCUAAUUCAAACCUUCAUGGCCUUAAAUAUCUUGGAGAAAAACAAAGAACUUCGGUUGAAAGGGUAUUCUGGUUUUUCGUAUUCACAUGCUGCGUGGUACUUUGUGCCGGAUUGAUAAGAAAAGUGUGGAUAAAAUGGAAUGUGAGUCCAGUAAUUGUCAGUUUUGCAGAAUCGUCUACCCCUGUUUGGCAGAUACCAUACCCAGCUGUGACCGUAUGCUUAGAAACAAAAGCCAAACAGUCCGUGUUCAAUUUUACAGAAUAUUACCACCUUUAUAAUGAUUCUGGAACACGUGAAAACUUGACGACUUAUGAACGAAAUCUGUACGAAGAUGUAACGCUAGUUUGUGAUGACCAUCUCGCCCCUCCUCAAGGCAGAAAAUUUGGAUUUGGUAAUGAAACUGUUACAAAUAUAAAAGAGGUAUCACCGAACAUAACCGAUGCAUUUUUUGGCUGUAAAUGGAAAGAUAUCCCCAAGGAAACAUGUUCUGAUCUUUUUUCUCCUAUAUUGACGGAAGAAGGACUCUGUUACACGUUUAAUAACUUAGGUGCUAAUGAACUUUUUAGAAUGGAAAACAUACACAAAGAUUAUCAGUAUCUUGAACAUCAAAACGUGGCAGAAUCUUGGAGUCUAGAAGAUGGUUACGCCCCGAUGACACCCAUAGAAACGUAUCCCCACAGAGGUUCUGGAUAUGGCGCAAAAGCCGGUUUGACAUUUCUGAUGAAAACAAAACAAAUCGAUUUGGAUUUUCUUUGCAGAGGGCCUGUUCAAGGAUUCAAGAUUUUACUACAUAACCCUGCAGAAUUACCUAGACUUUCGCAACAGUAUUUUCGGUCGCCUUUAUCGCAAGAAGUUGUUGUUGCUGUUAAACCAAAAAUGAUGACCACUUCUGAGGGUCUACGAGCAUAUGAUCCGAACAGACGACAAUGCUAUUUCCCUAGUGAGAGGUAUCUGAAAUAUUUUAAAAUCUAUACCCAAUCUAAUUGUGAGAUGGAAUGUUUAACAAACUUUACUUACGCACGAUGUGGCUGCGUUCAUUUUGGAAUGCCACAUGGCCCGGAGAUGAAGGUAUGCAAUGCGGGAAGCAUGGCUUGCAUUAAAAAAGUACAAAUGGAGCUCGUAGUAGCAGAAGUAGAAGCAGGUCUAGAGAAGAGGAAUGAAGAGAACGAUACGAUCGGCGAGGCGCGAAAGAUUGCCUCCCGCUGCAAAUGUCUGCCGGCGUGCACCUCCAUCGAGUACGAGGCGGAAACCUCCCAAGCAGACUAUGACUGGAAAGCUAUUUUUAGAGCGUACAAAUUAGAAAUUCCACCUGAAAUGAAUGACAUGAUGUAUUCACGUGUAAUGAUUUUCUUCAAAGAGCCACAAUUUAUAACAUCGCGCCGCUCUGAAUUGUACGGCCAGACAGACUUUUUAGCCAAUUGUGGCGGUCUACUGGGGCUUUUCAUGGGUUUCUCCAUUCUGAGUGUGGUGGAAAUUUUAUACUUUUUCACAUUAAGGUUAUGGUGUGUAGUAUGGAAUCGUCGCCGUAACAAGAAAAAUGCCUCUGAUCUUCAUCAAGCUGGAGAUAUGGAUGUAAAAUCCGACAAAUUAAAGCAAAAUUAUAAGGAUUAAAAAUUUCAUCUUCAUAAUAGAUAUAAUUUUUCCUUUUUACAAAUAUUGUCAAAAUAUUUAAGCAUAUUUCUUUGUCUAUUUCGCCGUUUGCGAAGAAGUUAUUCUAUUGUAUGUUUUAAAUGUGAAUAUUUUAAAUACGAAAUAAGAACC